AUGGCCGCCGAAGAUGCAGUGGCGCCUAUGAGCGACGCAAAAGUGCAGGAGGCAGUCGAGCUGAAGAACAAGGGCAACGAAGCGUUCAAGAACAAGGACUGGCCUACUGCUAUCGAGUGCUACACCAAAGCCAUCGAAGCGAACGACCAAGAACCGUCCUUCUACACAAAUCGCGCGCAGGCCAACAUCAAGCUUGAAGCAUACGGCUAUGCUGUUGCAGAUGCGACCAAGGCGAUUGAGAUCAACCCAAACUUUGUGAAAGCGUACUAUAGGCGAGCAGUGGCCAACACUGCCAUCCUCAAGCAUGCCGACGCGAUACACGAUUGGAAGAUGGUGGUGCGGAAGAAUCCUGCAGACAAGGUCGCGAAAGCACAAUAUGAGGCUUGCCAGAAGCUAGUCAAGAGAGAUGCCUUUCUGAAGGCCAUCGAGGUUGCAGAUGCGCCAUCGGCGGCAGAGGGACUGGACUUGGAGAACAUGACUGUUGAAGAUUCGUAUGAUGGACUGCGUCUGAAGGAUGAAAUGACACCAGAGUUUAUCGAUGACAUGAUUACAAGAUUUGAGAAUGGCAAGAAGAUACACAAGAAAUACGUCUAUCAGAUAAUACUCGCGGUCAAGGACCUGGUCUACAACGAGCCGACCAUGGUGGAGACCCAUGUGCCCGAGGGCAAGAGCAUCACAGUCUGCGGCGACACACACGGUCAAUACUUCGAUCUUCUCAACAUCUUCCGAACGAACGGCUUCCCUUCAGAAGAACACCACUACCUCUUCAACGGAGACUUCGUCGAUCGGGGUUCCUGGUCGUGCGAGAUCGCCCUCCUGCUCUACGCCUACAAGUGGAAGUACCCCAAAUCCUUCUUCCUCAACCGCGGCAACCACGAGACAGACGACAUGAACCGCAUGUACGGCUUCGAAGGCGAGUGCAAGCACAAAUACAGCGAGCGUGUCUUCAAACUCUUCUCCGAAUCAUUCUCCGCACUACCUCUAGCCACCCUCAUCGGCGACAAAUACUUCGUCCUCCACGGCGGCCUCUUCUCCGACGACGAGACCUCCCUCGACGACAUCCGCAAACUCGACCGCCACAGCCAAAGACAACCAGGCCAAUCAGGCCUCAUGAUGGAAAUGCUGUGGACAGACCCACAGACUGCUCCAGGCCGUGGGCCUUCGAAACGUGGAGUGGGUCUUCAGUUCGGGCCCGAUGUCACGAAGCGCUUCUGUGAGAAGAACGGUCUCAAGGCUAUCAUUCGAAGUCACGAAGUGCGGAUGGAGGGCUAUGAAGAGGAGCAUGAUGGUCAUUGUAUCACAGUCUUCUCCGCGCCGAAGUAUUGCGAUUCGACCGAGAACAAGGGCGCGUACAUCAACAUUGGGCCGGAUUAUGAGCUCAAGUAUGUGCAGUUCGAUGCUGUGCCGCAUCCUGAUAUUAAGCCUAUGGCAUACGCCAACCAGGGCAUGAUGUCCAUGAUGGGCAUGUAA